CUUUUGGUCCGUUCGCAAAGCUGUCCGUAGUGAAACAAGUAUGGCUCAGCUGUCUGCCAAACCGGCCCUUAUAUUAGCUUAGUGUGAAUGUGGAAUAAGUUUCCAAAUUCACAUUAUCUGCUUGAGUUUUAUUCGGCAACGUUAGAUGAACCACCAUUACUAUCGUUGUUUAACCUGAAUACAAGUAACUGACAGUCUACCAACGGUAACGUUCCGGGUCGAUCUAUGAACGAGGGUGCAACUCUCUCUCUCUUACUGACUAGAGCUGUUCUUGAUCGAUUUAAACAUGGAAGCGUUUGUAAAAUUCACAAGCCAAAGUCAAGGAAGGGACCGUAUAUUCAGGGCAACCCAAUAUACAUGUGCACUGUCGAUAUAUUUACUUCGAAACAACUCCGAAAGAAUUAACCUUGUGUCGAAACUUAAAAGUCUCGAGACCAACAUGAGCGCUGGACGAAAAUUGUUCAGGCUGGGAAACACAGUAAAUUCCAUUGAGGCUGCUAAGCGAACCAUGCAACUCUCUGACCGAGUGCUGUGCCUCUGCCUUACUGCUGCCAACAUGAACCGCGCUCUCUACUUUAUCUGUGACAAUGUACUUUGGGCCAGAAAUGUCGGUCUUAUCCGCAAUAUCGACAAGGAACGCUGGAGCCUAAAUUCCUCUCGCUGCUACUUUCUCUCGCUAGUUAUGAGUCUGACCAGAGAUGUUUAUGUUGUCCUCCAGUUAAUGACACAGAGAGCAAGAGAUAAACACUUCAGACAGAAAAUGGAGCUGCAGCUCAAUGAGAGUCCUGAAGUAGCUGAAGUUGUCGUUCCUCACCUAGAUGCGUUUCUCUUUCUGCUCUUAGAGAGCCUAAAGUCGCACCCUGCUGUUGCCUUGGACACGUUGAAGAAUAUAUGUGAUCUCUUCAUUCCCCUAGACAGGCUGGGUAUAUACAAGUCAAAUGCAGGAGUGGUGGGAUUUUGUGGUUUGGUAUCCUCAGUGAUUGGGAUUGUAACCCUUGCACAGCCCAAGUUAAGACUCAAGCCGUGAUAACAAGGGUGGAGAUAAAACCUUACUGACAGAUAAGAUAAGAAAUUAUCAUGAACGGUUUUUAAAAGGAUUUAGUGUCAUCUACCUGGAGCUGUAAUGGCGGACCGAGGUCAACGUGGUGCUCAGUUAGAUUAGACAACCUAUCACGGGAACAUUUCGUAGCAGAUGUUUGAAUGACAUUUGUUUGACACCAAACUCUGGCCAGCAAUAAUUGAAGGGAUGACUGAAUUUGAUAGUUUUGUAACACACUUUUGAUUAACUGAUUGAACAGAUUACAUUAUACUUUUGAAAAACCAACUCACAUUGAAUUAGAGAGAAUUAACUUGACACACUGGUUUAAAACUAAGCAAAUCAAGUUUAUAGUAGCCUGUUUAUUUUUCAUAAUUAAAUAACGACUGGUGCAUUCCUGUCUCCUCCAACAGCACAAAACAGCAGUUUUAUAAAUACGAAGUGCUUCUUAUUGAUGCGAGCUUUUGUACCUAUCUGAGAAAAAAAGUAAGAUCUUAACCUGAGUAGGGUUGCCACUUUAAGUUUACUGCCUUUCUCGGCUCUCUGUUUUGUGAUUUGAUGCUGCUAAAUGUUUGAUCUCUAUGAUUCAAUUAAUUUAAUUGAACUGCUUCUAAAAAAGCACUCUUUCACAGUAGACAUUUUGACUUGUCAAAGUAGAAAAAGCACAUGUGUUACUAAAAACUAACAACAAGAGUCCCAGGGAGAGUGAGCCACUAGGACAAUACCAUGACCCUGAAAUAAAAGCACCUACAUGGAAUUGAGCCAUCGUUCAUUUCAUUAAUUACACCUGUGCUUUCCCUACUGUGACAUUUCAAAAUAUCUUCUGUGAAAAAGGCCUAUUAUCUCAUCUGUUAUUCAUUAUUCAGUCUGCUAUUCAAGCCUGGACUUGGACUCAGCAGAUUAUUCUGCCAAAAAGGUGUAAAGAAACAUUGAGUACGAAAAUGCUUUUGUUGUAACUAUUUUAAUGAACAAAGACACCCUUGAUAAUGUGAUUACAAUUCAUUCUUAAUAUAUUGUCUAGGAAUUGUAUGUUUAUGUACGGUAUGUUUUUAAAAAUUUUUUUAAAUCUUUGACAAAAGUCAAAACAAGUGAGCAAGGAUAAAUUUAGAAACCUGCAACUUGCUCUAGAAAAUAAUGAACUUCAGUCCUUAAAGCUGCAGGUGCACUUGACAUUUGUUAUCACAUAUCAGAAGACUUAAUGAUUUUACUGUCACAGUUGAUUGAAAGGUUCAAUAAUAAAACACUAACAAACAAAUAUUUUAAAUUGUGCUUUUUCAAUACUACUAUUUUUAUAAAGUUAAAAAUGUGUGUGUGGAGAGCAAUAAAAAAAACAGUUGUUUCAGUUUAGAAAUAGAGCAACACUGCCCUCUUGGGGAGGCAUGACACAGUGUUGAAUUAAAAGCUUUAUUUUUUAUUUAUACUGAGACAACAAUACACUCUUUCUGAAAUCUUUUCUUAAGAGGAUGACAUUCUGAUAAGGCAUCCACCAUCAAAAAUUGCAAAAAUAUAUUCCAUUUCCCUUUCAACUUUUUUGUCAAAUUUUGCUGUGAAAAGAAUGGUCAAACUAAUGAAAGAUGAAUCCUAUAAAAGGACAACCAACCAAAGCAAUAAAUAAUAAAAGCUGUUCUCCUAGGUGAUUAUGAUAGGCAACAUGUUUGAUUUCACAUUUCCGUUACUUUUCCAGUACCAACAAACCAAAUAAACGCACAGGUAUUACAUUUGUGGAAAUAGUUUGCUGGUCUGGAAGUAGAAAAGAAAAAAAGAAAAAUCCAGGCAAUUCUUUCAAAUAUACCUGUAUGCAAAAAGCUAACAUUAAAUGCGGUUUAAUUGGUGUCCUGGAAAACCUUGCAUUUUUGAAAUGCCAAAUUUCCAUGUCUGGAAAAAUGUCAGUGCCAACACACUAUACAUUUCAUAAUCUGAUAUCAACUUGAUCUAAACAAUUAUGAACAAAGCACUUUGAACAGUGGCAACAGUGUGAAACUACGGAUGUAUAAAUACUGCUGGCCCAAGUUUUUUUUUUUCCCCUCAAAAUAUCAAUGAUAGUUACAGAGUGGCUCUGCUCUUUGAAUGAAAAAGGCACCGUCAGUAGUUGGCUCCUGCGACAGUAAAAAAAAACCAUCACAGUUAGCACUUGAGAAGCCCCUUUCACUAAGGGUCUGUUUAACAUGAAUGGUACGAUUAUCUUUAUUCAUACAGAUUAGACUAAUAUUCUGCCCAUGCUGCAAUUGGUUUGGUUACAUGUUUUCUAUAAUUUACCAAUACUACUUUAAUGGUAAACAGGAAGCCCUUAACUUAAAGUAGUUCUCUAAAUGAUUACUUUUAAGGUCUCAUGGUAUAAAUGGUGUUGUGUGGAUGUUUCAAUCCCUCCAUCAUUAUGUACCUUUUUCUCUUUUGAAUCACAAAUUCUGUAAAACACAAAUUGUUUUGUAUAUCUGCGUAGACGUGGUUAAAACAAUUAAACCAUGCCUCACUGAUGUUCAGAUCCAGUA